CACCCACACAAAGGGAAAACCCCAUCACCAACUUUUGGAAGCUGCUAACUUUACAAGAAGAUUUUCUUUGAGAGUCAGCAGAAUUACAGCAUUUGUUUUUCUGAGCACCACUGUUUCAGAACUUCUGACCCCUUCAAGAGAUUCAGAUUAACUGUAGUUGUCUUUUCAACCUCCUUCAAACAAUUCCAAAUGCAAUCACAAGAGAGAUGAUUUAUUCUUACAUUCAAAAAAGAAAAGAGACUUCAUUUCCACAGUAGGUCAGGAAUUUCCAAGCUAUAGCCAGCUUUCAGUCAUUAUGCAUAGUAAUAUAUUGAUUUUAGGCCUUUGUCACACAGGCAGCAGCAAAGAAUUAGACCUGAAGGAUGAAACUAGACCACCUGCUUCCCUCCUCUUAGUCUCACGCUGCUCAGUGCAACAGCUGCCCUCAGCUCUGCCCCAUCCAGGCUCUUUGCAGAUGCUGAAAUCUGGUGCUUUUUCUCCUGGACCACUGCUAGUACCCUUCUGCUAUUAUCAAACUUCAAAGUCAACCUCAGUUUGUACCUUUGUUUUAUCUUUAAUAGUUUUUUUUCCAAUAGGGGAAUCUAUGAGACUGCUUUCAAGGAAAACAAGUAAGGGAGAUCUACUGCAGCCCCUGUCCUGACCAUCUUCCUCCCAACCUAACUGGGUACAGCAGCGUAUCUCUCACUCUUAACAGCUGUUCUUUUUCCCUUUCCUUGGCCCUUGACCUUACAUUGCAUGCUCUUAGCUAAAUUUAAACCGCAGUAUCUGCUCUCCUCCUUGGCUCUGAUAAACUCCUGGCAGGCCCUGGACACUUAGCAGAGCCAGAUAUCCUCAUACUGCUCCUUGUGGAGGGCUUUUCGGGGAUGCCACGUCAGCGUGAACCCCAGAGGUGUUACACAGACAUGAAGGCUGGAAAGUAGCCUCAGUUUUGCUCACAAGAGUACAGGUGGCAGGUCAGGCUGAGUGAGAUACAGGUGGCAGAUGGCACAGGCCAGCAGGCAGAGCGGGUGCACCCCCUGACAGUCAGCCAUGCCCUGGAUGAAGCUGGAAUUUCCUUUUCUCUCUGCUUAGGAAAUAACUUGCUCUGGGUACUGGCAUGAAUCCUUCCCUCGCAGCCUUUAGAUCUCUGUUCAAGUUUCACUUUCCCUGACGAAUUGUUUUAAACAGCACCCCACCCCCACCUGCAUCCUUUCCAUAGCAAGUAUCACAAUCCAACAUAAAUUUCACCCCUUUACUGUCUGGUCCACUCCCCCACUAGAAUGUCAGCCCUUAAGGACAGAACUUUUGUCACAUUCAGUCCUGUACUCCUACAUCUAGAGUGAUGCCGGGCAUAUAUUAGGUCUCAAUGUGUAUUUUUGGAGUUGAAGGCUGGGUUGAUGGAUGGAUGGGAGCGUGCUGUGAAUUCAAGCUGGUACACUAAGAUGCUUUAGAGUCCAGUAGAGCACCCAAAGAUGAAGACAGCAGGACCCACCGAGCAAGCAGGAGCGAUCAGCAGUGAUCCUUACACUGAAUCCGGACAUGCUGUCAGGCAGCCUUCAUGGGAGCCCACAGCCCUCCAGGUUGAAGAAUCUGGAAAUAACCAGUACACUCAGCAGUUGCUGCCACCACUUGGCUACACCCGGCGUGGAGAAUGGCCUCCAAUGCGGCUGCUCUGGAAACACCGAGAACCGAGAGGAGUCAGAGCCCCCGCUGGCCAGCUGCUAGUACCACAAGGAAGAGGGCAGGCCCAGUGCUGGCAGUGCCCAAGUGAUGAAACACAGCCUUCGGCUGGAGGCAUUUAAGACACAGAACACAGUCUGGCCGUGGCUGCAGGACCCAGAGGCCAACUCUGACGAGCUCAGGAAGGACGGGAGCAGUCAGUCACCCUCAAGAGCAGAGGCCACAGCAGCAGCAGCACCAGCCUCCGCGUCUGCCCCGACUGCCAGGAAACGAUGCUCCUCGCCACAUUUAAGCUGUGUGCCGGCAGCUCCUACAGACAUGUGCGGAACAUGAAGGGGCUGAGGCACCAAGCUGUGCUGGCCAUCGGCCAGGAGCUGAACUGGAGGGCACUGGGGGGCCCGACCCCAGGAGCGUGGAUUAACCAGGUUCGGCGCCGUGGCUCUCUGCUUGGUUCUCAGCUGGAGGACACACUCUACAGCGACCAAGAACUGGCCUAUAUCCAGCAGGGAGAGGAGGCCAUGCAGAGGGCCCUGGGCAUCCUGAGCAACCAGGAAGGUUGGAAGAGGGAGAGCCAGCAGGCGAAUGGGGAUGAAGUGCUGAGUAAAGUGGUCCCAGACGUGGGCAAGGUGUUCCGGCUGGAGGUGGUGGUCGAUCAGCCCAUGGAGAGGCUUUAUGAAGAGCUUGUGGAGCGCAUGGAGACCAUGGGCGAGUGGAAUCCGAAUGUCAAGGAGAUCAAGGUCCUGCAGAAGAUUGGGAAAGACACAGUCAUCACCCAUGAGCUGGCCGCAGAGGCAGCAGGAAACCUCGUGGGGCCCCGAGACUUUGUGAGUGUGCGCUGUACCAAGCGCCGGGGCUCCAUGUGUGUGCUGGCUGGCAUGGCCACGCGCUUCGAGGAGAUGCCUGAGCAGAAGGGUGUUAUCAGAGCUGAGCACGGCCCCACCUGCAUGGUGCUGCAUCCUCUGGCUGGAAGCCCCUCAAAGACCAAACUCACCUGGCUGCUCAGCAUUGACCUCAAGGGAUGGCUUCCAAAGACUAUCAUCAACCAGGUCCUAUCGCAGACCCAGGUGGAUUUUGCCAACCACCUGCGCAAGCGUCUAGAGUCCAGCUCUGCUCUUGAAGCCAGGUGUUGAAGACCAGACAGCUAUCUCCGGCUCAGCUGGCGUGCAGGCCCAUUGGGAGGUCCCUGCUGGAAGCCCCCAAGUCUGUGCAAGAUCUUCACCUGGGGCCUGCAGGAUGGGGUAGUAGUAUGUUUUGAAUGAUACUAGAACUCAGAUCAGUAACAGUACCAAGAAAAUGGGGACAAGGCUCUUCUAACUUCAUUCACUGAUUGGCUCUAAAAUGAAGGUUAAGGGUCCCAAA